AUGGACGGCGAACGGGCACCUCUGCUGCCAAGCAACGCCCAGGAAGAGGCCGCCGCCCUCCGCGAGCCGCCCAUCUGGAAGCGAAAGCGAACCAUCAUCUGGUCGCUUCUUGCCAUGGUCGCUGCAAUCGUGGCCGCUGUCGCCAUCUUUUUUCUCGUCCGCCCCGGCAGCACGAAGGGCGAUGAGCUGCGGUACCCCGGCGAAUCCAUCACCUGGAGCCCAUGCGGCAAGGUCGAUGGCAAGCCGGUCGAGUGCAGCUCCAUCAAUGUACCCAUUGACCAGUUUGACGCCAAGGUAUCUGGCAACAAAACGUUCUAUCUCCCGCUGAUCCGACGCCGCGGCGGCGCCAAUGCCACGACCAAUAUCCUCCUCAACCCUGGCGGCCCUGGCGGCAGCGGCAUCGGCUUUAUGAAGCGCAAGGGUGGCCCUGUCCACGCCAUUGUCGGCGAGGACAAAUUCCAUCUGCUAUCGUUUGAUCCGCGUGGCAUCGCGGGAUCGCGACCCCGGGCGGAGUGCUUCGAGAGCCUCGACCACCGGCUGGAGCUCACGCCGGAGUGGACGGGCGACGUAUCCCGGGACAGCAAGCUGUGGGGCGAAUCGGGCAACCUGAUGCAGGCAUGCGCGGACAACAUGGGCGAGUAUGGGCCACACAUCAGCACACCUCAGACGGCGGCGGACAUGAAUUCAAUUCUGGAUGCCGUCGGGCAGGAUAACCUCUAUUACUGGGGUUUUAGCUACGGCACUGUGCUGGGACAGACGUACGCAACGUUGUUCCCGAAUCGGUCGGAGCGUGUCAUUGUUGAUGGCGUGGUAGACGACUUCAUUUGGUACGACGAGCGAAUCUUGGAGUCGGAUUUCGUGGAUACUAGCAAUGUUUUCUCGGGUUUCUUCGACGAGUGCGCCAAGGCGGGCAAGGAGUGUCCGCUGCACUUUGUCGCCGACAAGAAGAGUGAUUUGGAGCGCAACGUAACGAGAUUCAUCGAGAGCCUCAAAGAAGAACCAGCAUCCGUCUACGUCAACAGCACCUAUUUUGGAACCAUCAAAUACACUACCGUCAUGGACGGCGUCUUCUCCCACCUGUACCGGCCCAAGGAGUGGUACUCGCUGGCCGACAACCUCGCGCAGCUGAUGCAAGGCAACGGCACCGGGGCGCUCAUUGCCUGGGGCGGUCUCGGGCUUAAUCUGAGCGAUGCCGACACUCGCAACGACGAUUCUGGUCGCUUUGUCGAGUCCAACGACGCGCCUGCGGGCAAGUCGCGCUGGCCGGCCAAGAAGAGCGAUGCACUCGACAUUAUCGUGCCCUAUAUCAAGAAAUACCUGCCCUACAGCGCUGGCAAUCUCGGGCACUACAUGAACCGCGCCCAGUGGCGCAUCGCAAAGACGCACGACUUCCAGGCGGCGCGGCAUAACGUCGAGACGCUGCACCCGCUGCUGGUGCUUUCGACGACGUACGACCCCAUCUGCCCGCUUGUCAAUGCCAAAGUCGCGCGAGCGGCGUUUGUGGGCGCGAAGCUGGUCGAGGUGGAAGGCUACGGGCACUGCUCGCUCGCGAUACCGUCGCCAUGCUCGGCACGCAUCGUGGGCAAGUUCUUCGCCACGGGCGAGCUGCCGGACAAGGACCACACCAAGUGCCCGACCGAGGGGCCGUAUUUCAUCAACCCGGCGGACGAGGACAAGGACAAGGGCGACGGUGAGGGCAAUAUUGGCUUGCUUGGCUUGCGCAAAGACGAGGACAAGAGGCUGUUGGAGGCACUGAGAAAUUUGACGGAUGCGAUUAGACCGCUUCGACAGUCAUAUGUUUAG